GCGCCCGGCGAAGGGGCCGGAGACGCGGCGGCGGCGGCGGCGGCAGCAAGAUGGCGGCCAAGUCGGAUGGCGGCGGCGGCGGCGUGGGCUUCGCCCAGCUGCACAACCUGGACGAGGCGGCGGCGGCGGCGGCGGCGGCGGCGGGCGUCUGCGGCGCCGGUGGCGGCGGCGUCGGGGCAGCGGCGGCCGAGGGCGCGGAGGAGCCGGGCGGCAGCAGCUCCUUGCACAUCUGCCACUGCUGCAACACGUCGUCGUGCUACUGGGGCUGCCGGAGCGCCUGCCUGCGGAACCUCUUCGGGCGGCCGGCCGCCGCCGCCGCCGCCGAGCCGCUGGCCCCGCGCCCCGCCGCCGAGGGGCCGCCGCGGGCGCCGGAGGGCGUCGAGGUGGCAGAGCGGCCGUGGCUGGACUGCCUGUGGAUCGUGCUGGCGCUGCUGGUGCUGCUGGGGGACGUGGGCACGGACCUGUGGCUGGCGCUGCACCACUACGGCCGGCGGGACUACGUCUGGUGCGGCCUGACGCUGGCCUUCGUGCUGCUGCCCUCGGUGCUGGUGCAGAUCCUCAGCUUCCGCUGGUUCGUGCAGGACUACACGGGCGGCGGGCUGGGCGCCGUGCAGGGCCUCAGCAGCCGCGGGCCGCCCAUGAUGGGGGCCGUCGGCCGCCGGGGGGGACCCGCCGGCGGGGUAGGAGGAGCCGGCGGCACCGUCACCCCCGGGGCGCAGCGCCUCUGCAGGAUCUCCGUCUGGGUCUGGCAGAUCGUCAUCCACCUGCUGCAGAUGGGGCAGGUCUGGAGGUAUAUCCGAACUAUGUACCUGGGGAUCCAGAGCCAGAGGCGGAAGGAACACCAGCGGCGUUUCUACUGGGCUAUGAUGUAUGAAUAUGCAGACGUAAAUAUGUUGCGCCUCCUGGAAACUUUCCUCGAGAGCGCCCCUCAACUGGUGCUACAGCUCUGCAUAAUGAUCCAAAAGAACCGUGCAGAAACAUUACCAUGUGUGUCCUCUGUGGCCUCCCUGAUGUCCCUGGCUUGGGUGCUAGCCUCCUAUCACAAGCUUCUUCGGGACUCUAGGGACGACAAGAAGAGUAUGAGCUACAGAGGGGCCCUCAUCCAUGUCUUCUGGCGCCUCUUCACCAUCUCAUCCCGAGUUAUUUCUUUUGCUCUCUUUGCUUCCAUCUUCCAGCUCUACUUUGGGAUCUUUGUAGUGGUCCAUUGGUGUGCCAUGGCUUUCUGGAUCAUCCAUGGUGGGACAGAUUUCUGCAUGUCUAAGUGGGAGGAGAUCCUCUUCAACAUGGUGGUAGGGAUUGUGUACAUUUUCUGCUGGUUUAAUGUCAAGGAAGGGCGGACUCGAUACAGAAUGUUUGCGUAUUACACGGUAGUCCUGACGGAGAACGCUACCUUGACGCUCCUUUGGUAUUUUUACAGAGAUCCUGAAACUACUGACUCAUAUGCCGUGCCAGCACUGUGUUGUGUCUUUCUUAGCUUUGCUGCUGGGAUAGCUUUGAUGCUGUUAUAUUAUGGUGUGCUGCAUCCCACGGGGCCAAGAGCUAAGAUCUUUGCCAGCUCCUGUUGCGCCGAGCUGCUCUGGGGCAUUCCUUUGCCCCCCGAUGUUGAGCCCAUGGCACCCCAAACCCCUGGGUACCGGGGGGCCCAGGCUACGCCCACCAGAGCGGUCACGGAGCAACAGGAGGAACUCACAGCUGACACUUGCUUGCCCGUUUUCCAGGUGAGAGCAAUGGUACCAUCUACUCCAUCUGGGCGACCCUACCCCCCCGAGGGGCCUCUCAUUAAGAUUGACAUCCCAAGAAAAAGAUACCCUGCAUGGGAUGCUCAUUUUGUAGACAGGAGGUUAAGAAGAACUAUCAACAUCCUCCAGUAUGUCACCCCCACAGCUGUAGGUAUUAGGUAUAGAGAUGGACCUCUCUUAUAUGAGUUGCUACAAUAUGAAUCUUCACUUUAAAGCUCCUUAAAGCAAAAGUAAAAGAGGGGACCUUAUUUUUGUUUACGGUAAACACAGAUCAUGAAACAAACACAAACCUUCAGAUAAGCUUUCUUUCUGGUUGCUGUAUGUAUAAAAAAAAAAAAGAUAUUCUCUAUGUUUUGUAAGUAAAAACAAAAAGAAAAACUUUUCUUUUGUUUUUUACACACAAGAAACAGUAUUUCAACUUCCACACCUAGGAUUCACAGGUGGAGAAGGAGGCAUCUCCACAUCAGUUUUAUACCGUACACCAAGUGUAGAACAUUAUUUAUGGGAUUGGUGCUGAUUGAAAAAUAAAAAAACAAACAAACAAACCUACAACUGCCUUAUGCCCUUAGGUGCUGAGUUUCAUUAAGUACUGUCACCUUUCUCAUGCAAAACUCUUUGAUGAUUAUAUGCCAGGAAAAAAACAACCAACUGAAAUACAAACCUUAAAAUUAAAAAAAAAAAAAAAAAAGAAAAAAGUGAACAACAACAACAAAAAG